AUGUACUUUGAUGGGGCCAUGAAUAAGAGCGGAGCAGGUAUAGGGGUAGUUUUGGAAGCACAGAAUGGAGAACAAUUGUUAAUGUCAAAAAGGCUAUGUUUCCCAACCACUAAUAAUAUUGCAGAAUAUGAGGCUUGCAUUUGUGGCCUGGAGGCAUUAAUAGCUGUUGGGGCAAAAAAAGUGGAGGUAUUCGGAGAUUCAAUGCUAGUGGUUUCCCAUGUUAAAGGUGAAUGGGAAUUGAAAGAAGAAAAGUUGAGGCCAUACCUAGAGUAUGCUAAGAAACUAUUAUUUAGCUUUGAGGAAGUGACAAUGAAGCACAUGCCUAGAGCUCAGAACCAGAUAGCUGAUGCUCUAGCCAUGCUGGCAUCCUUAUGGGAGAAGGGUGAUCGGUCGACUGACCCGAUUAUCUUGAUGAGGAGUAGAAUCCCAUGCUAUGAAGGGUUAAUAAUAGCACAUUUAGAUCUAGAAGAUGAGAUGAAAUGGUAUGAGGACAUAAGAAGAUAUUUAGAGGUAAGAGAAUACCCACAGUCAGCCAAUAGUAGGGAUAGAGCUACAAUUCAUAGAUUAGCCACUCAGUUCACUUUGGCUGGGGGGCAACUCUACAAAAGGUUCUUCGAAGGACUAUUGCUCUUGUGUGUGACGAAAAGCGAUGCGAGCAAAUAA